GCGGGGCGACGCCAUAGCGGCAUUUUCUGUCAAUUCAAUCUCGUGGCGACACGUGGCAUCACCACGUGAUUCACUUUCCCUAAUACUAGGUGACGUCACGUCAAAAUCGUCUGUGCGAAGCUAUGGCGGUUUCGGCGCAGAUGGCGGCGGCAAGAUUGAUAGGAAACAAGGUGCCGAUCACAUUUGUUACAGGGAACGCCAAGAAGCUUGAAGAGGUCAAGACCAUACUUGGUGAUGCAUUCCCUCUUCAAAGCAUGAAGAUAGACAGUGAAGGGACCUGUGCUGGUAGAGGACACAUGUCUGUGCUUCAAUGCACUUGGAGGUCUUCCAGGUGAACAAGCAGCUGAAAUCUCUCACACUCAUGAUCUCUCAGUGCGUAAACGAAAAAAUUCUACAAAGUCCCGAAAACAAAAACCUUGAUCUCAG